AUGUCGGAUAAUCCGCGAGCUUCUAGCGAUGAGCAACAGUCACGUACAUCAAGGCGCAUGUCUCGUGCUGAGAGGAGAAUGUCACGAGCUGUCAGUGUAGCCAAUGACCAAAAUCUCGACGAGUACGAAAGGUUAGUUAGAUAUGUGUCUGUUUACAGAGAACCGGGGAUAGCAGAGAUGGAGAACGAAGAAGGGGAGAUGAAACGUGUUUGGUAUGCACCGUGGCGCAGACAAUUUGUGCCCACGUCAGAAGCAGCAGAAGCAAAACAAAUGUUCCCAGACGAGUGGCUCCUCACCGAGAUCAAGCAAGGUCUGUCAGAGGCAGAAGUUGCCAACCGUCGGCGUCGAUCGGGGUGGAAUGAGUUGAUAUCACAGAAAGAAAACCCUAUAGCGAAGUUCAUGUCCUACUUUCAAGGUCCAAUUUUAUAUGUCAUGGAAAUUGCUGUGCUUCUUGCAGCCGGUCUCAAGGACUGGGUAGAUUUCGGUGUCAUUAUUGGAAUACUAUUUCUCAAUGCCUCCGUCGGUUGGUAUCAGGAAAAACAGGCUGCGGACGUUGUAGCCAGUCUCAAGGGCGAUAUCGCAUUACGAUGUCAGGUAGUUCGUGAUGGACGCGAAGCCGAAGUAUUAGCUCGUGAACUGGUUCCCGGAGAUGUGGUAAUCGUUCAAGAAGGGACCGUUGUUCCAGCCGAUGCCAAAGUGAUAUGUUCAUACGAUGACCCGAAUGGCUUCGAGGAAUUCAAGAGAAUGCAGGCCGAGGGUGCACUUGAUGAGUCUUCAGGUGAAGAGGAAAAAGGAAAAGAAGGGGGACAGGAGCGAGAAGAAGAUGAGAAAAUUACUGAUGGGCAAUCGGCUAAGGAGAAGGAAGGACAAGAUUCUAGGAAGAAGAGUGAAAGUGGCCAAUCAAGCGAUGAGGAAGAGGAAAAGGAAAGCCGUAAAGGCUAUCCAAUUCUCGCCUGUGACCAUUCCGCUAUUACUGGUGAAUCUCAUGCCGUCGAUCGACAUAUGGGCGAACCCGUUUACUACACGACACACUGUAAAAGGGGAAAGGCUUAUACCGUUGUUCAGGUAUCUGCAAAGGGAUCGUUCGUUGGGAGAACUGCUAGCAUGGUAGCAGGGGCGGGGGAUAAAGGUCAUUUCGAAAUUGUAAUGGAUAGAAUCGGCACCUCACUUCUAAUUUUGGUGAUGGCAUGGAUUCUCGCGGCGUGGAUCGGCGGUUUCUGGCGGCACAUUCCUAUUGCAAGUCCGGGAAAACAGACACUGUUGGAGUAUACUUUAGUGCUACUGAUUAUCGGUGUUCCUGUCGGUUUGCCUGUCGUUACUACCACAACCAUGGCUGUCGGAGCGGCCUAUCUGGCACGACGAAAGGCAAUCGUUCAGAAACUGACAGCUAUAGAAUCGCUUGCAGGUGUCGAUAUCUUGUGUUCUGAUAAAACAGGGACACUGACUGCGAACAAAUUGAGUAUAAGAAAUCCAUAUGUAGCUGAAGGGGUCGAUGUCAAUUGGAUGAUGGCAGUGGCCGUUCUUGCGUCCUCCCAUAACAUAUCAUCUCUGGAUCCCAUUGACAAGGUGACGUUGUUGACUCUUAAACAAUAUCCGAAGGCAAAGGAAAUUUUACGGUCCGGAUGGAAAACAGAAAAAUUCACCCCAUUUGAUCCCGUAUCAAAGCGAAUCGUUACUGUUUGCACAUGUGACAAUGUCCGAUAUACCUGUACUAAGGGAGCUCCAAAGGCGGUGCUCGGAUUGACCAAGUGUUCCCAAAGGACGGCAGACUUGUACAGGAAAAAGGCACAAGAGUUCGCCCAUCGUGGUUUCAGGUCACUGGGAGUGGCAGUCCAGAAAGAAGGGGAAGACUGGCAAUUACUUGGAAUGAUGCCAAUGUUUGAUCCGCCGCGGGAGGAUACUGCGCAGACAAUCUCCGAAGCUCAAGCCCUUGGAAUCAGUGUCAAAAUGCUUACUGGCGAUGCUAUCGCUAUCGCAAAAGAGACAUGCAAAAUGCUUGCACUGGGCACGAAGGUGUACAACUCAGAACGACUGAUUCACGGCGGUCUCAGUGGUGCAAUGGCUCAUGAUUUGGUCGAAAAAGCUGAUGGGUUUGCGGAAGUAUUUCCUGAGCACAAAUAUCAAGUCGUUCAAAUGCUUCAAGAACGUGGACAUCUCACUGCGAUGACAGGAGAUGGAGUGAACGAUGCACCAUCUUUGAAAAAGGCAGAUUGCGGUAUAGCCGUGGAAGGAGCCUCAGAAGCAGCACAGUCGGCAUCAGAUAUCGUGUUUUUGGCACCUGGACUGUCCACUAUCAUUGAAUCAGUCAAAGUGGCUCGGCAAAUUUUCCAUCGCAUGAAAGCCUACAUCCAAUACCGAAUUGCACUGUGUUUGCAUUUGGAGAUUUACCUUGUCACCACCAUGAUUAUUCUCAAUGAGACGAUUCGAGUGGAACUGAUUGUCUUUUUAGCCCUCUUUGCUGAUCUAGCAACAGUGGCAGUAGCCUACGACAAUGCUUCCUUUGAAUUGCGGCCAGUAGAAUGGCAGCUACCAAAAAUCUGGUUUAUAUCAGUUAUACUAGGUAUUCUGUUGGCUUUGGGAACUUGGGUCGUCCGAGGCACGAUGUUUCUCCCUGACGGCGGCAUCAUUCAGAACUGGGGCUCAAUACAAGAAGUUCUCUUCCUCGAAGUGGCGCUCACCGAGAAUUGGUUAAUUUUCGUCACUAGAGGAGCGGAUAGCUUACCGUCACUUCCGUUGGUAGGGGCAAUUGUGGGCGUCGACAUUCUAGCCACGAUAUUUUGUCUCUUUGGCUGGUUCACCAACCAAAACAUGAUAACUGAUCCUCCUGAUCAGUUCGUUGAGACACACAACGGAUGGACGGACAUAGUCACGGUUGUGCGGAUAUGGGGUUAUUCGCUCGGCGUGACCAUCGUCAUUGCCUUGGUCUACUUCACCCUCAACAAACUCGAAUGGCUAGACAAUCUCGGACGCAAAUCGAGAAGCAAGGGCGAUAUUCAGAUGGAGAAUAUUCUCGGCCAUCUAUCUCGAGUUACGAUAGAGCAUGAACAGCACGGCAAAGUCGAGAGUCGGUAUUGUUUGAGUACAGCCCGAGAGGAAGAGGAGGGAGAGUAA